AUGGCAUUCUCCAAACUUGCCGUGCCGUCUUCCCGCCGGAGCUCGAGAGGCUCUCGGUAUAUCAUUCGAACCCACGAUUUCUUCUACUCAAGACCUCCGCGGCCGAGGUUUUUCACGCACAAGCCUUCGUUGUUAGUGGUGGCUCGACCUAUUCUACGCCCGCAGCUGCCUUUCUUGUACCCUUUCCCCCGUGGCAACACCCUCCAAACACACGUCGGACGAUUCAUCUCAACCGAACGCAAACAGCGCUGGAAGGAACAAUUCUGGCGCUAUGUACGAAUCAAUGCCUACCUUUGGCCCACGGCUCUCCUGCUCACCAUCCUUUCGAUGGGCAUGGUGCACACCAAGCUUGAACGAGAUUAUCCCACGCCCGGGGAUUGGUCAUUCUGGAGUCGGUGGUGGAUGCGCGAGGCAAAAUUCACAGAGCUUGCGGACGGCGCCAAAGUGAAUCAGAUCCUGACGGAUUGGGCAAAGGCUGGUCGGCUAUACCUGAGCGUCCUCGAAAGGCUGGAAAAUGAAAAGGUGGACGGCCAGUUUCUCAUCAAGCACGCGGAGACGGAGGCGUCCUCUGCGGACACGACUGAAGGGUUCGACGUGAGUGCCAAAAGUGACCAAUGGCGACGAGGGUAUCACGAAGCUCUUAUGGGUGCUGCGCGUGUGGCUGAACAUCUGGAGGGUAUGUGCAAGUUGAAAGGGGACGCCAGAGGAGGCCGCGUGUAUCCUUGGGAGAGUAUCCCUUCACCAACCAAUCCACGACCGAAGCCGCUCCCAUACGAUAAGAAACACGGUCAUAACAGUCCACCCACAUCGGAGGAAGUGGAAGACGCCUUUCUGCCCCCCUCUGUUUUUUACGAGAAGAUAUUGGCCACUACUGGCUUUGAUACGCGGCAACGACUCGACGCGGCUCUGGCAUAUGCCGAUUGGUGUGAUUUCAAGGGGGAAAAUAGCACAGCUGAAGGUCUUUACGUCAAAGCCGCAGAGAUCGCUCAAUCCGGUUUGCCAACGGGGACUGCAGAUGUGAUUGAUGUUCAGACGGGGAUGAUUCUCAAGGGCCGAGAAGAUGCCGUAAGCGACAACAUUUUACGAGUCUGCACUGCAUUUGGAGUUCACCAUGUCAGAGACGGAAACGUGAAGAAAGCUCUUCCAGUAUUUCUAAGCGUUCUGAGAGCUAGGAAGACUCUGCCUGCAUCUCCCCUUGGCCCAGCCAUUGGGGCAUCAAAAGUCAAAGUGGAGAAGGAUGAAGGCUGGUUGUCCUAUGUAUAUGCUUUGAAAGAUCUAUUGGUUGAGAGGCCAUAUCCUCCACCUCCGCCUACUGGCAAUGAAAGGCCAUAUCACACAUUGAAGGAAGCCUGUGAAGAGGUAGGGCUCAUGACAUACAUUGGGGAGAUCCUUUUUGCCACAAGUGACAGCGAACGGGCAAAAGGCCUUAGCUGGACGAGAGACAGUGUUGAAGCUGCCGAAGCUAUCAUGUGGGUGAUGGACGAACAAAAGGAGCAGGACGGAAGGGACCGAUGCCGCGAAUGUUUGGAAACCGGUCUCCAAAACUGGAAAGCUAUGUCUCAACAGAUGGCGCGACUUGCGGCGAAAAAGGAACAGGAAAUUGAGAGCGGCAAGGGGCUUUUCGGACUCGGUCUCGGCAGAACACAACAGCUUGAAAAGGCUCGAACUGAGAGAAGGAGAUGGGAUGAGGAGAAUCUACAGGUUGAACUGCGGAGACAGAAGACUCUACCGCUCCUGCAAGAGCCGCUGCAGGCUAUCGCUGGAGGCUGGUUGUCAACUCGCGUUUCUUCCGCCCCAGCAACCUUGCGGCGUCGUUGCCGCCCUGACAGCAUCACCGGCACCACUCCUCCGCCCUCUCCCAACGUCGAUGAUCUCGAAGCCGGCGAGGUCAGGAUGGAGUUUCGUCCAGUCCCGCUGCGCGUGUUGCUGAAGCGCCGCUUCAUCCAGCUUCUCCUGCUCCUUUUCGUGGUGUGGUUCUUCAUGUGCAAAUUGACUCACUACGGCGUGUUGUCUGGCCGUUACCUUGGGCUCUCCGCUUGCAUCAACGUCGAAUUCGGCUACAAUCCAUCCACUGCCUCCAUUCCCGCAUUUGAACCUCCAGAAAACUCGACCUAUCGGGCACCAGACACGAUCGACACCUUCCAAAACUACGCCUGGCGAAAUCACAGCGAAUGCCAAAUCUCCUCGCUUGACUUGCACUCUGCCUUUUCUCCGUUGUGUGCUACGCGAGAGGACUUCCUACGAGCCUUCUCUGGAGGCGGGCGAAUUGGGUUCGACCAGCCUUUCAUUCCACUCGGGUGCGACAUGCGCUGGUUCACUACAGAGGAGGUCUGCGAGAUUUUCUCACGGUUUGAAAAAGUCAUUGUCGUGGGUGACAGUAUGAUGAGACAUGUGGUGGGGGCGUUGAACGUGCUUCUGCGCAAAGAUCUCGGAUACGGAGCAGUGACGAACUGGAACUUCGAUGACCAGGAAUUGCGCGACUGCUUCUGCAACCACCAGAUGGACGUCAAAUCCUGCUCUGUACAAGGCAUCUUCUCCACCUCCUCGGUCCUGGAACACGACCCGUCGAGCUUGUCGUGCUCGCGCGAAAGCCCCAUCGACCUAGUCAUCGAGAUGAUGCUCCGCUUCCCGCUCGACAACGAGGAGGUAAACCGCUACAAGGCCCUGCUGUCCCCGACCAAACCCGGCAAACCGUACGCUUUCAUCUUCGGCCAUGGCCUGUGGAACGACCUCGACCUCCAAGCCACGCUGAACUGGCUGGACGGCAUCCUGACGCACACGCUCGUCCAAGCCCCCUACCUCCUGUCCUCCGCCGCGGCCGCGGAGACCAAGCAACGCGCCCACUCCCACUCCCUCUGGCCGCGCCUGUUCAUCACGCCAAACGCCGCGGGCGUGAGGAAGCCGGACGAGUGGCUCGUCAGCCAGGGCGACAAGGCGCUCAUGAUCUUCGAGGAGAGCGUGCGCGCCGAGGCCGCCCACAGAGGCGUCGAGACCAUGGGCACCUGGAACAUGAGCGUGCAGGCCUCCAAGUACGACGGCGUGCACUUGGACUUGAAGGGCAAUCUGGUCAAGGCCAUGGGGGUGGUCAAUUGGCUGAAUCUGGUCGAUGUGCACGCCUGGUGA